CUUCCGAGCCCGGGGGCUAUUAAUUGGGCAGCUUGAAUGCCAGUCAAGUUUCUUAGGCCCCUGGAUUCCUGGGUCUCUUCGACCCCCCACCUAAAGCAGCUUCAGCCCACUAGCCAGGAGGAUUUGCGCUUGCGCGAUAGAAAUCACUGUCCACUCCUCCGGCCAAUAGGAACGGAGAUGCCCUAGCGGGAAGUUGGUGUCGCGCUGCUGGGGUGAUCUGGCGCAGAGCGUAGGUGGUGGUUGGCGUUUGCUCCUGCUCCCCCUCUCUCUUUGCAGCCGCCGGGAGAUCUUCCCUGCUCCUCUAGCCUCCGGAAUAAUGUGGAUGACACCCAAGAGAAGCAAAAUGGACGUCGAGGAGUCUCGGGGGUUCCGGCCUGAGUGGACCCAGCGUUAUUUGGUGGUGGAGCCUCCGGAGGGCGAAGGGGCCCUGUGCCUGGUCUGCGCCCACCUCGUCGUAUCCACCUGCGAACGCGACGUCAGGCGCCACUACGAGGCCGAGCACCGGUACUACCAGCGGUAUGUGGAGGAGGGCGAGCGCGCGGCCCUGGUGGAGCGUCUGCGGCAGGGCGACUUGCCCGAGAUCGUCCCGCCCACUGCCGAGGAGAGAGCUGCUCGCGCAGGCCUCGGGAUCGCCCGCCUCUUGGCCCUGAAGGGUCGCGGCUGGAGUGAGGGGGACUUUGUAUACCAGUGCAUGGAAGUGAUGCUGACUGAUGUACUGCCGGAUCACGUAGGCGUUUUGGGUGGCAUUGAUUUAUCUCCAGAAACCACCCGGCAGAGGGUCCUGAACAUUAACGAGAAUCUACGCAGUCAGCUUUUUAACCGAGCCAAGGACUUUAAAGCCUAUUCGCUUGCCUUGGACGACCAGGCUUUUGUGGCCUAUGAGAACUACCUCCUGGUCUUUGUCCGCGGCGUGGACCAGGAUUUGGAGGUGCAAGAGGAGCUUCUGACCAUAAUCAACCUGACUAAUCACUUCAGUGUUGGUGCUCUCAUGGCGGCAAUCCUUGAGGCUCUGCAGACAGCAGGGCUAAGCUUGCAGCGAAUGGUUGGACUAACCACUACCCACACUCUGAGGAUGAUUGGUGAGAACUCAGGACUGGUGUCAUACAUGAGAGAAAAGGCUGUAAGCCCCAACUGUUGGAAUGUCAUCCAUUAUUCCGGAUUCCUUCACUUGGAACUGUUGAGCUCCUACGAUGUAGAUAUUAAUCAGGUCAUAAGUACCGUAUCUGAAUGGAUACUUUUGAUUAAGACAAGAGGCAUUAGGCGACCCGAAUUUCAGGCCUUACUAACUUCAUCUGAAGCAGAACAUGGCGAAAGAGUUAAUGGACGAUGUCUGAACAAUUGGCUUAGAAGAGGGAAAACUUUAAAACAAAUAUUUUUAUUAAGGAAAGAGAUAGAAGCAUUCUUGGCUUCAGUAGGGGCAACAACAGUCCAUUUCACAGACCAACAAUGGCUUUGUGACUUUGGCUUUGUAGUGGAUAUUAUGAACCACCUUCGAGAACUCAGUGAACUAUUGCGAUUCAAUAGAGUCUUUGCUGCUACUGCCUUUGACCACAUUUGUACCUUUGAAGCUAAGCUGAAUUUACUGCAGAGACAUAUUGAGGAAAAAAACCUAACACAUUUUGCUGCCUUGAGAGAAAUCGUUGAUGAGCUUAAACAGCAUAUUAAAGAAGAAGAAAAAAUACUUGAUCCUGGUAGGUAUAAAGUGGUGAUCUGUCGUCUGCAAAAAGACUUUGAUAGACAUUUCAAGGACCUCAAGUUCAUUAAAAAGGACUUAGAACUGUUUGCAAACCCAUUUAACUUUAAACCUGAAUAUGCACCGAUUUCAGUAAGGGUGGAGCUAACAAAACUUCAGGCAAAUACUGACCUUUGGGAUGAAUACAGAAACAAAGACUUGGGGCAGUUCUAUGCUGGAUUGUCUGCUGAAUCUUACCCGAUUAUCAAAGGGGUUGCCUGUAAAGUGGCAUCCUUGUUUGAUAGUAGCGAAAUCUGUGAAAAAGCUUUUUCAUAUUUGGUUAGAAACCAACACACUUUGAGCCAGCCAUUGACAGAUGAGCAUCUCCACGCCCUGUUUAGGAUUGCCACAACUGAAAUAGAGCCACAUUGGGAUGCUCUUGUGAGAGCAAGAAAUCAGCCUAAUCCAUAAGCUUUCACAGUAGUACCUUGAAAUCCUCAGCAAGAAUCCAGUUCUAAAAGCAAAAGUUUGAUUUUUCAAGUUUACUCAUUUGGAUUGUGAGAAGACACCAAGUUUAUUCAUUCAAAUUGAUCACAAAUCAGAUUCUUCUGACAGAUUUUUUUUUUUUUUCAUCUCAAGAGUCAGCAUGGGACUGAAACAUGCAAACACCUCUUCAAAUUUAAUGACAGUCAUUGUCUUUUGCUUUUAUGAUACAAUUGUUUUUAAAGAAGUUUCGUACCGAUGAUUUGAGUUGAAUUGGAAGUCUGUUUUUAAGGUGUUUCAAAGAAAUUUUAGGUUUUAUUUUAAUGUAAUGUUAAAAUUCUGAUGCAUAUAGUCUGAAAUUAUCAACUCUUUAAAUGUAUGUUUGAGCCAAUUUGCAGAAACUCACAUAGCAAGUUCAGAAGUUUCUGAAAAGGAAGAACAUAUUCAGUGGAGGUACUUUGUCUAUUAAAACGUUUGAAUUUUUUUAAACAUAUUUGUAAGUCUGAGGUAAAUAUUGAGAGAUUUACCUCCCUCUCACCCCCUCCCUAUCCAUCCCAGAGAUAAUGAUGUUACUAAUAGAGGAAAUAAUCAAAUAAAAUUUUAGGAGCAAGAAUUAUUUUCAAAUUGCUGGUUAGAAGGCUUCCUGCAAUUUGGAGAUCACACUAACCAAUUAUUGGAGGUUCCCCCUGAAUUUUUCACAAUUGGGUGCUGUUUUACCAGCUCGCCUAUUAAAGGACUAUGGUAAGUAUAGAAUCUUUUUUUUUUUUUUUUUGAUACGUACCCCUAGCGGGAACCGAACCCAGGACUCUGGUCCACAGGCCGAUGCUCCAACCGCUGAGCCAAACCGGCCAGGUCAGUAUAGAAUCUUAAUGCUUGCCCAUUAGUAAUGCUUUUUUCUAUUGUAGACAAAUGUUUGGCCCUGUCAAAAAGGAUGAAGCAGAAAGAUUUUUGCACUCCAGGAUCAGGAGGUGUAAGAUACUUUAGCUUCUUUGUCCUAUCUGCGUGGGUGUUACUGCUUUAUAAAGAAAGUCCUGCUUAAAAGAAACUAUUUUAUAGUGAUAUAAUAUCAGAUUUCAUUAUCUGCUGGAAGUGGAUUUAUUAGAGAAUUUGAAACUGCCCCCUCACAUUCUGUAUUUAAGACAGUGCACAAGUAGAAGUAUUUAACUCAAGAAGCAGCUUUAUUUGGAUUGUAGGAAUUUCAUAUUUCUAGUGAGCCAUCUGCUUUGUGCUAAAACAAAUUUUUGAACUUAUGUUAACCAUGAAAAGGAAGUCAUACAGUAAAGCCAAAUAUGUAAAAUGACUUAAAAACAGGACCCAGUUUAUUAAUCCUCUCGAGUACAAUUUGAAAACGUGUGCUAAAGUCCUGACUUAACUAUUGCUACACAUUAUUCUAUAGUCGUUAGUCCAGUAAAUUCAAGGAACCAGGAUACAACCAAGAAUUUAGAAGGAACUGAUGCCUCAGCAAUCAAAAUAGUGCCAUAUGAACCCAAGAACCAACAUGUGUCAGUGGUUCUCACCCAGAGGCAGUAAACCCUCUUUCCAAAGGAUGUUGGGACAUACAGGGAAUUUUUUUGGUUGUCGCAUUUAAUGAGGGGGUUCUGCUAGCAUUUAAAUGCAUAGGACAACCUGGCACACUGAGGAACCAUCCCUGUCAAAGUGCCAGCAGACCUCCUAGUGAACGUUAUUUUAUUUUGAGGGACAGGGAAAAUUACCGGUAGAAGUAAAAUUAGAAGGGCACGUUGGGUAACCUGACAGUUCUUGAUAAGGGAGACUAAUUCCAACAUUUUGAAUUUGGCUGGUAAGGUAAAGGCCUUGACAUGUUCACAGUAGCAUUUAUAAAUCAGUCAUUGCUAUUGAAGCAGAUUAAAGGACUCUAUUCAAAUUCAUUAGGGGCAGAAAAGCAAGUGUUAACAAUAAGAUACUUUCCAAGAAUGGUCAAGUUGAGAUUUUGAUAAACGGGGAGUAGGCUUACAUUUUUGGAAAAACAAUACAGUGAAAAUCCAGCCAAACAAAAAAAUCUACCGGUAAUUUCCCAGUAGUUUGGAGUAUUCCCUUUCAUGGCAAGUGCUUUAUUGAAAGAAUGAUUGGAAAACCUGAAAGCUGCUUCUGCUUUCUAACUGGUUCCUCAAAUAUUGAAGUCUUGUACAUUUUGUGAAGUUCUAGUAUAUAUUUUGCUUACGGUAAUAAAAUUAGUUUGCAUCAUAUAGUCAUUGAGUGGGUGGGGAGGGGAAAUGUAAGCCAAGGAUUUUAAAUUGACCUGAAGUAAUAGAGAAUUUGCUAUAAAUUAGUCUUGUUUGUAAAAGAAAAAUGUGUAUUUUACUGUUUUCUGUAUUAAGUAAUUCUGUAACUGCAUGGCAGUCUUGUUUUUUUAAAUAUUUUUUUAUAAAGUAGUUGUUACUGGUCCUGUUGUAUCAGUGAAUAUAGUUAAAAAUAAGUACUAUUUUUUAAAAAACCAACUCAUGUCUCUAUAUUUCCCAUUCCUACUAGUUUUCUUUAAAAAUAUGCCUGUAUUCCCGUUCUCCCAUACUGCCACUCAAACUGCUCUACCAAGCACAUAAAGUGAGUAUUCUUACCCUCUGAUGCCACCGACCGCUCUCCUUGAAAUAGAUGUUUGCUUUGGCUUCGGGGAGAUACCAUCUCCAGACAAUUUCUGGCUCUUCUGGAAUUUCAAAGUAAGUAAAUUUAACAAAAUAUUAGAGGAAUGACUCAGUCAGCCCUCCUGGUCACUUAAUAUUUUGUUCACUUGCUUUCCUACCUGCUGACUGACUUGUCACCUACCCAAUGAACUUGACUCAAAUGUGACAUCUAGCCAACACACUUCUUAGAUGUUCUCUUUGGUUUCUUGUUUGCAAGACAUUCUGAACUUAAUUUCUGUAUAACUGGGACUUUCAGACUUCAUGGGAGAGCCAUACCCUUAGUCUUUUUCCUUGAUGCAUUCUGUCCAAUUUAAGGGAUUAAUUAGUGUUACA